GGCCAAAUUCCACGCUCUAGCUUUUGUUCCUUCUUCACUCUGUUACUCUCCUAGUCGGAGCUUCAACUUCGCGCUACGACGCCUUUUGGAACCAACCAACCAACCAAAUGGCUCUGAAAUCGUUCAUCGAGGUCCACCCGGACUCUCACUUCCCCAUCCAGAACCUCCCGUACGGUGUGUUCAGGCCCGUACCGGGUUCGGCUACUCGACCGGGCGUGGCGAUCGGGGACUACGUGCUGGACCUCUCGGAAAUCGCCUCAGCGGGGCUCUUCGACGGUACGAUCCUGAAGAACUCCGAUUGCUUCUCUCAGCUUAAUUUAAACAAGUUCGUGGCUAUGGGACGAUCUGCUUGGAAAGAAGCUCGUGCUACGCUUCAAAGACUAUUGUCAUCUACUGAACCAGCUUUGCGUGAUAAUGCAGCUUUAAGGCAGAAAUCACUCGUGCCUAUGAACAAGGUAGAAAUGCUUGUUCCUGUUGCAGUAGGGGAUUACACAGACUUCUUUUCGUCCAUGCACCACGCAAAGAAUUGUGGGACCAUAUUUCGUGGACCAGAGAACCCAAUUCCAGCAAACUGGUUCCACAUUCCCAUUGCUUACCAUGGACGAGCAUCAUCUAUUGUUAUUUCUGGAACAGACAUCAUUCGACCAAGAGGUCAAGGUCACCCGACUGGCAAGACUCCAUAUUUUGGACCUUCAGUGAAGCUAGACUUUGAGCUCGAAAUGGCUGCUAUUGUUGGUCCUGGCAACGAAUUAGGAAAACCUGUGGAUGUUAAUGAGGCAGCAGAUCAUAUAUUUGGACUUGUGUUGAUGAACGACUGGAGUGCUAGAGAUAUUCAGGCGUGGGAAUAUGUGCCUCUCGGUCCUUUUCUUGGGAAGAGUUUCGGUACUACUGUAUCCCCUUGGAUUGUAACACUAGAUGCUCUUGAACCUUUUGCUUGUGAUGCGCCCAAACAGGAACCUCCUCCAUUGCCAUAUCUGGCCGAAAAGAUAUCCAAGAACUAUGACAUUGCUUUGGAGGUUCAAAUUAAACCUGCUGGACAAGACGAAUCGCAUGUGGUCACAAGAAGUAACUUCAAUCAUUUAUAUUGGACAUUGACCCAACAGCUUGCACACCACACCAUUAACGGUUGCAACUUGAGGCCUGGUGAUCUCCUUGGAACUGGGACCAUCAGUGGACCAGAGCCAGAAUCUUUUGGAUGCUUGCUAGAGCUAACGUGGAAUGGGCAAAAACCGCUAACCUUAAAUAGGACAAGUCGAAAAUUCCUAGAAGAUGGAGAUGAAGUGACUUUUACCGGUUGUUGCAAGGGAAACGGUUACAAUGUCGGGUUCGGGACAUGCUCCGGAAAGAUUAUUCCAUCACACCCUUAAGGACAAAUGUUGUUUUUCUGUGAUGAAAGCAAAGCCUAGUAAGAUCUCAUCACCUCAACUCGGAUUGGAUUUGCUGCAACUGGACUAGAAUUGAUGCAUUUCUUUUUUGUCUAUGCUCCUGUAAUGUUAAUGUACUUUGUGUGUGCUUAAUGGAGAGUUAAACUGUUUGAUGAACAUGUCUAACGUCUCUCUCUCUCUCUUUUGAUGCGGCAUUCUAAGCAAAUGAUAAUUUCCUGUUCUAGUUUGGUAUUGAAGUAGAUCAUUGGAUUUUUUGA